AUGUGACCAGCUCAAACUAGUUCUGAGUAACAAAGAAUUGAGGACGAGUUUAGAGAAAUCAGUCUCGGGGUGCCGGUCAGAACAGGGACAGCGCGUCUUGAAGCGAGAACCGUUCACGAGAAAUACGAUCAGCCAAGAUGCGGGUUCUGUUCUCAGUGACCGUGGUCCUCGUGGUGGGCUUGAUGAUGGCCACCGCUGAGGCUGCCAAGGGAAAGAAAGUGAAAGUAAAGGGCAGCAAAGGCGCCUCUGGCUGCACGGACUGGCGCUAUGGCAGCUGUGUGCCCAACAAAGGGGACUGUGGGGCCGGUGUCCGGAAUGGGACCUGCAAUGGCCAAACCAGCAGAGGGGACUGUGGGGCCGGUGUCCAGAAUGGGACCUGCAAUGGCCACACCAAGACCCUCAUGUGCAGAGUGCCCUGCAACUGGAAGAAGGAGUUUGGCGCUGACUGCAAGUACAAGUUUGGCAGCUGGAGGGGGUGUGACAGUGCUACCAGCACCAGGACCCGGACCGGAACCCUGAAGAAAGCGCUGUACGGUGCAGAAUGCAAGCCUAGCGUCACCGUGUCCAAGCCUUGCGCUACAAAGACCAAGACAAAGACCAAAGGAAAGAAGAGUCGACUGAGGGAGAACUGAAGAGCCUUGGGAGUACAGCGAUGUCACGCCUGUAUGUGUCUUCACUCUUCCGUCCCUCUUUUGCCUAACAUCCCGGAUGCGUGUCACAGUGUCCCUUCCCCACAAAACAACUGUCUCCUCAAAAUAAAUAAAUAAAUAAAACAAAUUCACUGUUGUAAGCCUUUACAGUACAGUACUUCAAAAGUCUGAUUUAGUUUAGUUUUUUUUUGUUUUUGGGUUCUUUCUGUACACAAAAUUAAGUAUGUAAUCUAGCAUGUUGCUCCUUUAUUGUUACUGAAUAUAUUGUGAAGAUUUUUUAAAAGAAGUACAUUUGUCAAGCCCGAUUAGACUACAAGUGCCAGUGCUUAUUUUCCUUUACCAGGUAUUGCCACUAACAAAAUUAAAGGGAUUGUUUCAAUGGAUAUGAAAUGUGCACCAAUACUAAAAUUAGCUGGCCAUAAUUAUAUGUCUGUCCCAGGGGUCUGUCCCAGGGGUCCUUCAUAUGAAGAUGUAGGGUUUGAAUGCUUAAAGGAAUAUUAGGGGUUUUAUUUGUAUUUUCAAAAAUCUGUGGGUAGUGAUGUAGAGGCAUCUGGUAUUGUAAUAUGUUUUGUUUGUCCCGAAACCUAUGGCUCAAUAAUAAAAUGUGAUAUUGGAUGGCAU